AUGUCUUUCAAAGGGUUUCAGAAAUCAAUUGUUCGGGCGCCUCAAACAUUCAAGCAGAAGUUCAACCUCGGUGAGAAUACGAAGGAUCCAGUCUACAUUGACGCGGAACGACGAUUUCAGGAACUUGAGACGGAGACGAAGAAGUUGCAUGAUGAAAGCAAGAAAUACUUCGAAGCCAUCAAUGGCAUGCUAUCCCACCAGAUCGAAUUCUCCCAAGCGAUUGCAGAGAUAUAUAAACCAAUUUCAGGUCGGAUGUCGGAUCCAGAUUCGAUUGUUCAGGAAGGAAAUCCAGAAGGCAUAAGAGCCUGCGAGGAGUAUGAAGCGAUAGUGAAAGAACUCCAGGUUACGCUUCAGCCGGAGCUGGAGAUGAUUGAAACGAGGGUAAUACGGCCUGCGGAUGAAUUAUUAGAGGUUAUCAAGGUUAUACAGAAAACCGCAACGAAACGACAACACAAGCAGUUAGAUUACGAUCGACGUCGGACCACUUUGAAGAAAUUGCAGGAUAAGAAGGAUAAGAAUCUCAAGGAUGAAAAGGCGAUGUAUAAGGCGGAGACGGAAGUGGAACAAGCGACUCAAGAAUUCAACUACUAUAACGACCUCCUGAAAGAUGAGUUACCGAAGCUUUUCACCUUAGAGCGCGAAUUCAUUCGGCCCUUGUUUCAGUCCUUCUACUACAUGCAAUUGAACGUCUUUUAUACCCUACACGAGAAGAUGCAAGGGUGCGAUAUUGGGUAUUUCAACUUGACGCUCGAUAUUGAGGAAGCUUUCGAUGCAAAACGAGGUGAUAUCCAAGAUCAAGCCGAAGCAUUGUCGAUUGUCAAAUUCAAGACAACAGGGGCGAAGCGGCCUCCUCCAGGACGGCUAGGCGCACCAAAUCGGAGACUUGCCAUCGAAGAUCGCAAAUCCCCCACCACUUCGACCGCUGCAUCCCGACAAUCCAUGCAGGAACUCUCUUCAGAGAGCCCACCCCCGCCCUAUUCAGGCUCUCUGUCACCAACCAGCAACAGCACUACAGUCGCGCGUGCGAAUUCGACGGGCAGCCCUUGGGGUGCCGCAGCGAAAGCAAAAGGGGCGGCACCCCCACCACCUAAGCCAAAGCCAAAGCCGUCAAGAUUAAGCGGCGCGCCUGCGCCAGAGACCGUCACAGCGCUUUACGAUUAUGAAGCUCAAGCUGAAGGAGAUUUAAGCUUUUCGACUGGCGAUGUAAUAGAAAUUUUAACGAGAACGAACAAUGAAAAUGAGUGGUGGAUCGGCAAGCUCAAGGGGAAACAGGGUCAAUUCCCAGGGAAUUACGUCAAGUUAAACUGA